CCCCUCAAGACAGCAAGCGACAACAUCAGAAGAUUUAGUCAUGGCGUAUGAACCAGGUCGCGGAGACAGCGAUUCUCAUACAGGCACUGUAGCGUUCACAGCCAAGCUGAAUGUCGAUGACAGCUACCCCUGUUACUCUGGAGCCCUGAAGCUGACCACCGUGCUGGUCAACGAGGGAGGAGGCUACAGUCCUGACACAGGGGUCUUCUCCUGCCCCCGGGGCGGCUUCUAUUACUUCACUGUGCACAUGUCUGUGUAUGGACGCGGACAGUGUGACAUCUUAAAAAAUGGAGAGAAGGUGGUGUCUCUGUAUCACACCUCUCUGCCCGAUAAGUGUAGCCAAGUUGCCAGUAUGAGCAGUGUGAUCAAACUGUCCAAAAACGACGAGGUCUUUGUGAAUUUGUGGGGGCCUGGCAGAAACGAUAUCUUUGCAACUGUAGAUAAUGACACCGUUUUUGCUGGUUUUCGUUUGGGUUGAAAGACGUUAUCAAAACAUCAAUAAAGUUAAUGGCUGUGGAAAUAAGCCAGUAUACCACUUCAGAGUAUGUAUUAUUGGGUAAAGUUUGUUACAUCAGAAUCAGAAUGAAUGUUUCCUUGU